AUGUUGAUUGACCGUGGAGUGGUUGUGGACUGGGUGUGGUUCAAGAGGGCCUUCCUCGAGAAGUACUUCCCAGAGAGUGUCAGGCAUGCUCGGGAGGCAGAGUUUAUGAGAUUACAGGAAGGGGGAAUGUUGGUGACCGAGUACGCUGUGAAAUUUGAGCACUUGGCAUGCUUCUACACCCAAGCCACCUCUGAGGCUUGGAAGUGUAGGAAGUUUGUUGAAGGCUUGAAGUAUGAUUUGAGAAGAGUGGUGGUGCCUAUGACCAUCACGGAGUUUCCAGCCUUGGUAGAGAAGGUGAAGGUUGUAGAGCGGUUAGAGAGCGUCAGCAAGCCGGCGAAGAUUGUUGGUGGGCCAGCUGGGUCCAAGAGUGGUGGUGGUUUUCAGAGGAAGCCUUAUGAUAGGCCCCAAUCACAGCGAGGGGGUCCUGUCACAAGGAAACCUAUUGACACAGCUAGGAGUGGGGAUUAG